AGACGAUAAUUGAAGAUACCUCUCGAGCUAUUUAGGUUAUGGCUAAAAAAAUCCUCGGGCGAUUCGUGCCGAUUAUUCGUUAUUGAUUAAACGAUGAAUAAUUUUGCAUCGGAAAGAAUUAUCGUGUGACAUGUUUAACGAAUGCGAUCGGUCGACGGAGUGUAAUUACUGUUUGUGUUGCCGGUUAAAUUACCCUUUAUGACUAAUGAGCUCGUAAGAAUGCAAAUUAAAAUCAAAAAUUCUGCAAAAGUAGAGCAGACAUCGACAAAAUAUCUUCAAUUUCGUCUCGUAAAAGCGUUAGUCCAAAAAUUUUAUAUUUUAUUGAUUGUUUGCAAUCUAUUAAACAAUAUUUUUUUGGUAAAUUUUGCUUGUUGGGCUCGGAUGCGCGGCCAAAAACAGUAGAAAAGCUCGAAGUAGUUUGCUUUUAAAAUAUUGUUAAGUAGAUUGAAAGAUUAUUAUAUAGUUAAAUUUUUAUAUAAGCUGUUUCUUUUGCUUGUCUUCCUGCACUUCACCUCAGGUUGUGAUUGCACUGUCUUUCCCAAUGCACGUCGGCAUCCGUUCUAUGCACUGCGUGUACGGCACUAUCCGACCUGCAUGAUAUCGUCAUGAAUCAUUACAAGUUUCUGCAACAGAUAGGUGACGGUACCUACGGUAGCGUCAUUCUGGCGCAGUCUCUGACGAAUGGAGAGAAGGUUGCCAUUAAAAGAAUGAAGAAGAAGUAUUAUUCAUGGGACGAGUGUAUGAACUUAAGAGAAGUAAAGUCAUUGCAAAAAUUGAGUCAUGCGAAUCUAGUCAAAUUAAAAGAAGUAAUUCGUGAAGACAAUACUUUAUACUUUGUCUUUGAAUAUUUAAAGGAAAAUCUCUAUCAGCUUAUCAAAGAUAGGGAUAAGCCGUUUGCAGAGCCAGUCAUUAGAAAUAUACUCUAUCAGAUACUUCAGGGUUUGGCAUUUAUGCACAAGCAUGGUUUCUUCCAUCGAGACAUCAAACCCGAAAACGUACUCUGCAUGGGUCCGGAUCUGGUAAAGAUCGCAGAUUUCGGUCUCGCAAGGGAGAUCCGUUCCCGGCCGCCUUAUACGGAUUACGUAUCCACAAGAUGGUAUCGAGCUCCCGAAGUUUUGUUGAGGUCGACAAAUUAUAGUUCUCCUAUCGAUAUCUGGGCAGUCGGUUGCAUAAUGGCAGAACUGUAUACGCUACAGCCGCUUUUUCCGGGAAGGAGCGAGAUCGAUCAAAUAUUCAGAAUAUGUUCCGUUCUUGGAACACCAGAUAAGAGAGAUUGGCCAGAAGGAUAUCAGUUGGCCACGGCCAUGAAUUUCAGAUUUCCCCAGUUUUCGGAAAUGCCAAUGAGUAACAUCAUACGGAAAAUAAGCAAAGAAGGUCUGAUACUGUUGAAGGACAUGCUGAGAUGGAAUCCUGCUCAGAGACCAAACACGAUUCAGUCGCUCCGUUAUCCGUAUUUUCAAGUGGGCCAGAAAUUGGGCAUUCAGGGAACUCACAUCAUUUCUCAGCAACAAAAGCAAUCUUAUCACGACAAUCAGCCGAGGCCUCUGGUCGAAAAGGAAAGCAAUUUGCAAAACUUUAUUACUAAGGAAGAUAAGCAACCUCUACGAAAACGAUGGGGACAACAAGCCUCCAUAGAAGACUUUUCCGAAAUGGGAAAUAAGAACAUAUUAUUAAAGCAAAGUAAACAGACCGAAGACAGGAUUUCCGAAAAUCACUAUGCAAAUAGGGUAGAUGGCAUACAAGUGGAAAUGCCGAUGACGAGAUCGAGAAUGUCUGCCAAACAACAUUAUUUAACGAAAGCUCGUUACAUAGCCGGUCAGAAUACGCGUAACGUCAAUUAUCAGGAUACGAAGAAGGAAGAUUUCAGUCUCGUUGGUAAAAGUAUAGGAAAUUAUGGCGGUUACAUUCCGUCAAUGUACGACAAACACAACCAGAGAAACCAGAAUGCAGGAAACUUCGAAGGAGGACUGAAUCAGAGACUUUCGGCCAGUCUACAGGGACGUGGUGGAAAUCCCGGUUUCACUUUCCCUGGGAAAACUGACUGGGCUGCCAAAUUGCACUGUCUUUCCCAAUGCACGUCGGCAUCCGUUCUAUGCACUGCGUGUACGGCACUAUCCGACCUGCAUGAUAUCGUCAUGAAUCAUUACAAGUUUCUGCAACAGAUAGGUGACGGUACCUACGGUAGCGUCAUUCUGGCGCAGUCUCUGACGAAUGGAGAGAAGGUUGCCAUUAAAAGAAUGAAGAAGAAGUAUUAUUCAUGGGACGAGUGUAUGAACUUAAGAGAAGUAAAGUCAUUGCAAAAAUUGAGUCAUGCGAAUCUAGUCAAAUUAAAAGAAGUAAUUCGUGAAGACAAUACUUUAUACUUUGUCUUUGAAUAUUUAAAGGAAAAUCUCUAUCAGCUUAUCAAAGAUAGGGAUAAGCCGUUUGCAGAGCCAGUCAUUAGAAAUAUACUCUAUCAGAUACUUCAGGGUUUGGCAUUUAUGCACAAGCAUGGUUUCUUCCAUCGAGACAUCAAACCCGAAAACGUACUCUGCAUGGGUCCGGAUCUGGUAAAGAUCGCAGAUUUCGGUCUCGCAAGGGAGAUCCGUUCCCGGCCGCCUUAUACGGAUUACGUAUCCACAAGAUGGUAUCGAGCUCCCGAAGUUUUGUUGAGGUCAACAAAUUAUAGUUCUCCUAUCGAUAUCUGGGCAGUCGGUUGCAUAAUGGCAGAACUGUAUACGCUACAGCCGCUUUUUCCGGGAAGGAGCGAGAUCGAUCAAAUAUUCAGAAUAUGUUCCGUUCUUGGAACACCAGAUAAGAGAGAUUGGCCAGAAGGAUAUCAGUUGGCCACGGCCAUGAAUUUCAGAUUUCCCCAGUUUUCGGAAAUGCCAAUGAGUAACAUCAUACGGAAAAUAAGCAAAGAAGGUCUGAUACUGUUGAAGGACAUGCUGAGAUGGAAUCCUGCUCAGAGACCAAACACGAUUCAGUCGCUCCGUUAUCCGUAUUUUCAAGUGGGCCAGAAAUUGGGCAUUCAGGGAACUCACAUCAUUUCUCAGCAACAAAAGCAAUCUUAUCACGACAAUCAGCCGAGGCCUCUGGUCGAAAAGGAAAGCAAUUUGCAAAACUUUAUUACUAAGGUAAGUUAAUUUGUAAUUUUUGGAUCAUUUAAGGCCAGUUUAUAGCCCGAUGACAGUGCUGUUUUGAAGACACUAUCCAUUGCUGGAAUCGACAAGAACGUUGACCGGUUUAUAAUUGGUGGUUAACGUGAAACAUCUGACAAGUGUGUAUCUCUAGGUUGAUGUUUAGUGGAAUGGAAGACAGCAAACAUAAUAGAACUCUGCUGUUGUAGCACUACACUGUGAACUGAUUCUUACAGAAUCAGGCUUAGUCUACAGGCUAAAGCAGGAAGGUUAAAGAGCCUUUUUCGUGUCCGCUAUGGAUUUG